AAAGUCAUGGAUACUUUUCCCCUCUAACACACCUCUUUCUUGCACAAGAGUACCUUAUGAAGAGUCCAGUGUUUACUGCGAGGAAAAUCUGUAUGCACCAAGUCCGAAAGAGCAUCAGCGCUUAUCAGAGUUGCAUGAAUCAGUCUACCGAUGCAUAUUAGAUGCAAAUGACGUAUUAAUCGUGCCCAGACAUUGGUGGCAUUAUGUGGAAGCAGUAGAUGUCUCAUUUAGCAUCAAUUAUUGGAUUCCUUUAGAAAAUGACAUAGAAGAACAAUUAAAAGAGUGCAUUGUUAAAAUAUUAGUUGAGCGCUUCGUACAAAGCGGAAGUAGAGAAGAACAAAAGUAUAUUCUAAACCCUAAUCAGUUGAAUGAGAUUGAAAGUGAUGCCGAAAUAUUUGAAAUUUUAGAAUACUUGUACAAUAACUUAAAAACGGAUCGUUCGGCGCCGAAAUCGCGCAAACUUAGUGUAACUCGACAUCCUUAUCAAUACUUAAGCGAACAAGAAACUGAAAAACUAAUUCAAGAUUUGCCGGAAGGCAUGAUAGAAAGGGUGUCGCCAAUGCAAAGUAAUGAUUAUGAAAUUUUACUUAAACAAAAUGCGAAACGUUUCAGUGCAACACAAACGAACAAUGCACAGGAAUCUAAUCCUUUAUGUAAUAUUAAAAGAGCACUGAUAAACAGUGUGUGCGCACCGUCGGUUAUAGAACAAAUCAAAAUGGAGUUUUUUAAGCGCAAUGGACAGUAAUCAAAUAUAUUUUAACUAAAAUUUGUAAUAAAAAUGUAUUUCAGAUAACAUUAUUUAUUUUUAUUAAUUAAUGCUUCCAAUAUUUAAUGUUCAUAUAUAUUUAUAUAUGUGUACCAGUAAAUAUGUAUUUUUGCAAUAUUGCUGUAAGCUUGGACUAUAAUACUAAAUAAUUUCGAUAAGUGAAUUCAAGUGCAAAACUUUACAAUUAUAAAAAAUACUCCCUUCCACUGAUUCAGGGAAACAAUAAAAUAAAAA